GUGUACACAUAUCGUUUCAACUGAUGGUGAAAAUAUAAAUAUUAGUUGGAGUUGGAAUGGUGAAAUGGUUGCCGUGGGUGAUAAGGACGAUAAGAUAUCAUUUAUUGAUCCAAGAAAAUCACCUGAACCAGCUAUCGUAAAUACAUAUGCGGAGAUUGAUGAUAUCAGAGACGAGGUAGUGGAUCCCGUACAAGUUUUAAGGGGUCAUACUGCUAAUUGUUAUUGCAUAGAUUUUGAUCCUAAGCAACGGUAG